GUGUUUAGCUGCCGUGUUUACCGACAAUCAUUAUUAUUUAUUAUUAUUAUUAUUAUUAUUACUAUUAUUCGAACGGCCAUAAUUUCCCUGUUCGCACACUGCACCGCAGCCAUCAUGGUCGUGUUGUUUUGGUACGCACUACGCGCAUUUUAGUUGCAGUGACGCCAGUCGCCAGUGAGCGCAUUACCAUUUACCAUUUGUUCAUGACGCGUACCUGCGAUAACAUUGUUGUCGUAAUCGAAACAGAAUAUUAUUAUUAUAAUGUCAUAUUAUUUAUAAUAUUAUAUUAUUAUAGUAAUAUAGUUUGUAAAAUGCCAUUGUAAGAGACACUCGCGUCGUUCUACGGCGUGUACGCGAAUUUGAUUUCAAUUUAUUUAAUUUGAUUUAAUUUUUUUUUUUGAUUUUAUACUAACUUAAUUAUUUUUAUCUCGACCGCAGAGGCGUUUCAUGUUUUUUUUCUCGUAUUUUUCUAUGCGCCGUUGCCGCGUCCGUUCCAACUCAGUGUUUAUUUAGUAAUUGUUGGUUUCUGAUUAUCAUUUCGUACCGAUUAAGAGUUGUUUUGGAAACUCGCAUGCAUUGAACAUAUCUCUUGCCGUUGUAUAUGCUGCAUGACGGUCAACAGAUACCCACUUCUACUACUAUUGCUGUACUACUUCUACUACUAAGAUUACAGCUACAAUACCACUACUACUACUACAACAACACUUCUGCAGUCUGUAAGAAAGCAAACAUUAAGAAAUCCUAGUUAAUUUUAUUUGGACGUACACACUUGCCAAAUUGGGCGUUUAGUCAUCGCCAUUUAUUGCUCAGGAUACAACGCUUGAUAAGACGACUUAGAUAAAAAAUUAUAUCAAUUAAGACAAAUAAGUAAUCAUCAUGAGUGUAAUAAUUAGAUUGCAAAAUUUGCCUUGGGCGGCCAACGCCGCGGAUAUCAGACAGUAUUUCCAAGGAUUGUCGAUACCCGAAGGUGGAGUUCAUAUCGUCGGCGGUGAAAAGGGCGAUGUUUUCAUCUCGUUCAGUACCGACGAAGACGCUAGACAGGCCAUGCUUUCGGACGGCGGGUGCAUCAAAGACGUGCAGAUCAGACUGCUGUUGAGCUCGCGUAACGAAAUGCAAAAGGUCAUCGAUGCCGCGCGACAACAAACCUUAUACAACGCCUACAUGCAGCAAAAUCUGAUGCAGCAGCCACAAAUCCCCAUAGUCGGGUCGUUGCCACCGUUGACUGCCAAGGUGUUACCACAGCCACAACAACAGGCGAGACAGGGUGCACAGAUGUUACACAGGCCGCCAACUUUAAUCGACAACAUGUCGGUUCUUAUGCCCCAAGACAAACAGCAACUGCAGAUGCAGCAACAGGUUUUGUCUCCGAAAUCGUUGCAGGAGAGCAGAGAUCGCGACGACAAGAGUCACAAACGUAGUGACCGGUCUCGAUCGAAAUCCCGGGACCGGCGUUCAAAGUCGUCUCGCAGUGGAGGCAGUAGACGGGACAGGUCGAGGUCUAGAGACCGGCGGCGGCGGGACAGGAGCCGAGGAAGGGACAGGUCCAGGGACAGGUAUCGCGGCGGAGAUGGCAGGAGCUCGUCGAGCCGGGGUAGUGGAGGCAAAUCGCAAAGGUCGCGGUCGCCGAUCGUCAACAGAGCGACAGACGGUGCGCUGCCGGCCGCACAACAAUCUCAAAUCAACCCGUGGAACUGUCAAUAUGACAACUUGCAGCAACAGCAGCCGGUGACAGAAAACCAUCAGCCUGCAGCCACGAUGAUGAACAAUAACGUAAUGCCCGGCGGGUUCGGGCAAUUCAGGACUCCUCCCCAGCCGCCCAUCAUCCCCGUCAUUCUUCCUCAGAAUUCCUCUUUCCGUCAUCAACAACAACAGCAACAACAGCAACAGCAACAACAACAGCAGCAGCAACAACAACAACAACCGCCGCCGCCGUUGAUGAAUAACGUAUGGACGCCGAGUGGCGGAAACCGUUCGAAUCAGCAACAACCGCCGUACGUUCCCGACAAUGAUUUUCGCGCAAGCGUAUACGGCGGCGGUGGUAGCGAUGACGAGGACGAUCGACAAACAGAGUUUGACAACAACAAUUUCCACGGAAAGUACAAUGAAAACUCCGCCCCGGGUAUGAGGAGAGGGCCGCCCGGACAGGAUUUCCGCGAGCAACGAGGGUUCGGGUCGAACCGGGGAGGUCCGAGAUUUCACAAACCGCAACAGAUCGUUCCGCCUGUCGUGGGUCAGCACAAUCGCGGCGGCGGCGGCGGCGGGGGAGGUCAGCGACCGUUCGACGAGUUCGGUAACGGCGGCGGGCACAGGUUCAACAAUCAGCAGCAGCCGCAACAACAGCCGCCUAGGUACGGCGGCCACAACGUGCCCGACGGAGGCGGCCGAGGCAGACCGUCCAGGUUCUCCUCGAUCAACGAAAACGGCAAACCGUCCAGAUUCAAUCAAGUAUCACCACUACAGCAGCCACACCGGCCGGACAAUGACGAAGGGCGGUCGGCCGAAUUCGACGAUUCCUGCAAAAGGAUGCCGCCCCGGUACAACGACCGGUACAGGUACGACGUACGGAACGCGCAGGUACCUCACGCCGAAGGACUGUGCGUGGAGGUCAACAACAUGUCCAACCCGUUCUCGUAUGGCGACAUCCGCAAACUGUUCGAAGGCAUACACAUCGACGGGUCGGCGAUCAAGAUCCAAAAGCACCGGCAGGGCGUGGCGUUCGUCCGGUUCGACAGCAACAACAACAAGAAUUUGGCGUUAAAGGUCAACGGCACCGCAUACAAGGGCAACCAUGUGGUGGUCAAACACUUGGACGACGAGGCGUACGAGCGGGACAACACGGACGAUCGGCCGUAUCCGAAUGCGACGGCGGCGCCCGUGCCGAACAUCGUUGAUCACGUGGACUUGGUGGACGACGAGGACGACGACGAAGGCGCGGCAAGGGACCACCAGUCGGACAAGAAGAAAUCCAACAAGCCUAAAACCGACGACGACGACGACGACGAAGGAAGCGACAACGACAACGAGCUGGUGGUGUGCGAGAAAAUCGCGAACAAGGACGGGGCGUCGGUCGAAGGCGGCAGCGACGAACAGCCGCGGAAGGAUCCGCCCACCAAAUAUCUGAAACUCAAACAGCUUCCGGUCACGGUUACCGAGGAGGACGUGAUGAACGAGUUCGACGGCGGCACCGACGUGCGCCGCGUGAUUUUCUACCCGGACGGCGAGUUCAUGGGCGCCGCGCUCGAGUUCACUAGCACUGAAGCGGCCGAAUCGGCGCUCAAGCGGUACGACUGCGUCUUGUUGGGCUCGACGCCGGUGCCCGUGUUGCGGUGCACCUACAAAGAGUAUUCACAGAUCAAGCGCAAAUCGGACGGCGACGACAGGCGGUUUUCGGGCGGCGACAACAGCAACAGCGGCGGCGGCGGCAGCCGUCAUCACCACCACAGCGGCGGCCACCACCACCACCACCACCACAGCGGUAGUGGCAAUCACCACCAACAUUCGCCGGUUCCGGUGGCGCCGCCGCCUCCAAACGUGUCUGGCGGGCCGCCCGUCACCCGCUCCAACUGUCUAUACGUGUACGGCCUGCCGACGAACGUCACCAACACGGACAUCACUCAGUUCUUCUCGGGCGCGGCACUGCCCGACAAGAUACACAUCAUGCUCAGCAAGUACGGCCGUCCGACCGGCGAGUCGUACUGCGAGUUCGGCAACGCGCAACAGGCCAACGCGGCGCUCGCCAAGAACCAGUGCUACAUGGGCCAGAACGUCGUGUGCAUCGAGCCCAUCAACCGGUCGCUCAUGAUCCAGGCCAUCACCAAGCCGAUGCAGCAGCUCUGCAACAACCAGGACAUGUCGUGGGGCGGUGCGCCGUCCAGGCACCAACGACCGCCGCAGUCUCAGCAGUACGGCGGCGGCCCGUACGGCGGUCGGCCGCAACAGCAACAGUUCAACAUGAACAACGGCGGCGGCCGCGGCGGCGGCGGUUACACGCCCAGGAUACGCGGUCCCGGACCCGGCCCGAACACCGGUCCCGACGGUUUCGGACAGCCAGGAUGCGUGGUGGCCCUGGACAACGUGCCGUACCGGGCCGACGUGCAGCAGAUCGUGGAUUUCUUCGAAGGAUUCGAACUGCACAGCCAGAACGUGAUCCGGCGGUUCAACGAUUUCGGCAAGCCGACCGGCGAGGCGCGCGUCAACCUCAGGAACCCGCAGGACGCCGCCCGGGCUGUCCGGGCGCUGCAGAACAAGCCGAUUUUCAACAGGCCUGUCCGACUGACGCUCCUGUAAAAACGUGUCGUCGUCGCAGUCGUCACUUUUGCCGCGUCCGGUCCUCCUCGUCCGCGCGUGACAAUAAUUUUACCUAUAUAUAAUAAUGAUGACCAUAAACAAUAUCUAUUGCAACAGUAGUUAAUGACGUAUUUUCCGGGUCAACCGAUUUCACCCAUUCUAUACACGUUGAUAGAUAUAUAUAUAUUUAUAUUUAUUUAUUUUUUUGAAUGAAAGUCAAAAAUAGGAAACAUAUAGUAUGUACUAUAAAAUGUUUGUAUCGAUUUUACUUUUGUUUCGUUUUGCUCUUUUUACACGGUCUUGACAUUAAAUUAUAACGGCUUCUUGUAUAAUGUUUAAUACACGAACUCGACGCAUGAUUUGUAUCUAAUUUAACAAUAUAUAAAUGACCUAUAAUAUGCGCUUGUUUGUUGUAUAAAUACACAAAAAAAUAAAUAUGUACCAAUAAUUAAAAUAUAUUUUUAUUCCAA